GAUAAGGUGACACCUUAUAUAAGCUUGACUUCUCAAAGACGGCAAUUCAACUCAGCAUCUUGUUGGACCAUACAGGUAGUCUUUUUGCAAGCAUGCUGUCUAUGGGAUUUCUGUUGAUAUGUCUCUUGGUGAACCUGCACCUCUGUGAACUUGAAUCAUUGAGCGAAGCGUAUGUCAUUCAGGAAACACAGGCUCCAAGUAUUGACCUUAAGAGCACUUACUCCAAUGUUGAGGUACAGAAACUUCUUGAGAAGAUUAGAUAUGUUGCUCGAAGCUGCAAGGAACUCAGAGACAAGUAUGAAAUCCUUGAAGAUGGCCUGUACUAUCUUUCAACGGAGAACGGGGUGGUCUACCAGACCUACUGUGAUAUGACCACUGAUGGGGGUGGCUGGACGCUGGUGGCCAGUGUGCACGAGAACAACAUGUAUGGGAAAUGCACUUUAGGUGAUCGUUGGUCGAGUCAGCAAGGCAGUAACAGUAACCUUCCAGAAGGAGAUGGAACGUGGGCUAAUCGAGUCACAUUUGGAUCUGCAGAGGCUGCUACCAGUGACGACUACAAGAACCCUGGUUAUUACAACAUUGAGGCACAGAAUGUGGCAGUGUGGCAUGUUCCUAAUAACGUUCAGCUAAACCUUUGGCGCACUGCUUCUAUCUUACGCUACCACACCGACAACCGCUUUCUCAGCCUUCAUGGAGGGAAUCUUUUCUUCUUAUUCAAGAAAUUCCCAGUAAGGUAUGCAACAGGGUCCUGUCAUAUUGAUAACGGACCUACUGUCCCAGUGGUCUAUGAUACCGGAAAUGAAGCUUCUACCAGGAACUUUUAUGGUCCUACUGUAAGAGAGCAGUUUGAGCCUGGAUACAUCGCUUUCAGAGUCUUUAACAAUGAGAAGGCAGCCAUGGCGAUCUGCUCUGGAGUCAGACCAACCGGCUGUGAUACAGAACAUUACUGUAUUGGUGGAGGAGGUCAUUUCCCAGAAGUUACACCAAGGCAGUGUGGAGAUUUCACUGCUUUUGACUGGAAUGGAUACGGGACAAAUUCGGGCGCAAGUGCAUCCCGAGAGAUCACUGAAGCUGCUGUGCUUCUUUUCUAUCGCUGAGACCCAGAUCACACAUUCAGCUUUCUCUUCAGCUUCUAGUUUUUACUUGUAAUUUGAGAUGACUUUGAAUGAUGACUUCUCAAUCUUCUCAAUCUCACUCUAAGUCAGCAGAGAGUUUUACAUACAGUGUCAAUAGCUGCAAAAAAAAUCCUUAAAUCAUGGUUAGAGCCAGGAAGGCACCUUGAAAGAGUUUAAACACAUUAUAUUAUGAGAGCAUUUGAUGGCCAGGGUGAAUUAAGCAAAACCUAGAAAAAUUUUCAGCCUUCAGCUUUAAACUCUGGAUAAAAUUUGGUGAGAUCAUGGUGUAAUUUAAGGUGUAGGGUAUGGCUGUUUAAUAUUCAGGCUGUGUGCCGACUGCAGACCAAUACCAUUUAUUUCCCAAAAUCAGAUCUUUUGAGGUGACUGUCUGCAUGUAAUCAGAUCAAAUAGACAUCACCAGAUCAGACAUCACCAGCCUAUCUACACAGGUUCCCGUGGUAACAACAUAGGCAUCAGUAUCUACGUAGCUAUGCUGGUGAUGCACAGUUCAAACGCAGGAGAGAUGGAGGCGCAUCAUCUCGCCCUCCAAACAAUCAUUUCUGUCACUCUGGAUUUGACAUUGUCAUUGUUGGUUUUGUUGAAAUCCAAUUUGAGGCUCCAGAGCUUUCAGACUGAGAUGGAAAAAUGGGAUUUUCUGUGUUGUUUUUGCUGUCCAGACUAUCACAAAUCAAACUGGAUGCAAUCUAAACAUGCCAAAAAUUGGAUUAUGUAAAGAUUAAUAAGGUGUUCUCCUUACUUGAUUAAAACUCAGGAGAAAUCCAGCCCACUUCGUUUUGUAGCAGUAACUGCAAAAAACAGGUAAAUGACAAAUAAUUUUAGCUGAACACAAAUUAUUUUCUUUUCUAAACCAUCAAGUUACCAUGUAUUCCUCAUACAACAUUUUUUUCGAGACUUUAAAUAUACAGUUACCUUUACAAUUCAAUGGACUCCACAGUCAACACUAUAUCUGGACUUUGUAGAAUUAUUGGACUCUGCAACAUUAGUUGUAAAAUUACAAAUUUUUGUUCUGUUGUCCAUCUUUUUUAUAUUGUCAUUUUUAAAAGGAAGUGUAGCCAAUUGUGUGUAGACUCCUCUUACUCUCUUAAGCUUGUCUAUAAUAUAACCUAACUCAUAAUAAAACUCAUGAUUUUA